UACUCAAGCUUGCAAACUACCUAAAGUAGUUCAAUAAACUCAUCUACUCCUUUCAUUCUUCAUUUGAUCACUUUCAUACUUCUCUUAUCUCUAAGGUCAUCAUGGGUGUUUUCACUUAUGAAACUGAGACCACCUCAAUCAUUGCACCCGCUAAACUAUUCAAGGCUUUUGUCCUUGAUGGUGACAACCUCGUCCCAAAGGUUGCACCUCAUGCCAUUAAGAGUGCUGAAAUCGUUGAAGGAAAUGGAGGUCCAGGAACCAUCAAGAAGAUCACCUUUGGAGAAGGCAGCCAAUUCAAGUAUGUGAAGCACAGAAUUGAUGAGAUUGACCACGUAAACUUCACAUACUGCUACAGCGUGAUUGAGGGUGAUGCUUUGAGUGAAGUACUCGAGAAAAUCUCAUAUGAGAUCAAAAUUGUGGCAAGCCCUGAUGGAGGAUCCAUCUUGAAGAGCACCAGCAAGUACCACACAAAGGGUGAGCAUGAGAUCAAGGAAGAGCAAGUUAAGGCAGGCAAAGAAAAGGCUGCGGGACUUUUCAAGGCUAUUGAGAGCUACCUCUUAGCACAUCCUGAUGCCUACAACUAAAUCUUGUGUUGUGUAUCUGUCCCCUCAAUCAUGAGCAAAUCUUGUGGCUUUCAUGUUUUAUUUUUAGCCAAUCCUGCUUUUGGGCUUACUAAUAAUUAAAGGUGUUUUUUUGGUUUUGAUUCAUGUGAUAUUUUAGCUGGAAGAGCUAGAAGUGAAUGUUAAAUUACACUAUAAAUACAUAAAUGUAAUGAAAUCAACUUGAAAUUAAAGUACUACUUGCAAA